AGUCUCAACUUCCCCUUUUUAUUAGCCGAGUCCAUUGCUCUCCUUUCUUCUCACUUAGCCCAUUUCUCUCUCCCUUUCUGUUUUCGUAAUUCUUCUUUCUCUUCAUACAUAUAUGGCCAAAGGUAGUGGACUCUCCUUUGAUCCAGAUCCCAUCAAAAACUUCCUUCCAAUAUCCACUGUCCUCAAUUCUUUUCUUGAACCCGACCAACAAUUUUCUCAUAACAAGUUUUUCAAGAUUGAACCUUUUUUAUCAUCAUCAAUGGACUCACAAUUCAAGAACAGGUCACCACCAUCUACUAUUCAAUUCCCAGUGAACCUUAACUGCUCCACUACUCAUCAUGAUCAAGAAGAAGAGGUCCAGAAUAGACCCGUCAUUGAUGAAAUGGACUUUUUUGCUGAUAAAAAAGAUGGUAAUUCUGCGGAAACAACAGCCAACGACACUGAGAGGAAAGAAUCCAACACCCCUCCUCCUGAAUUGGAUUUUAGCAUUAAUACUGGUUUGCAUCUUCUCACUGCAAACACUUAUAGUGAUCAGUCCAUAGUGGAGGAUGGCUUAUCCCCUAAUAAUUCUGAAGAUAAAAGAACCAAGAGUGAGCUAGCAGUUCUUCAGGCUGAAUUGGAAAGGAUGAACGGUGAAAAUCGACGUUUAAGGGACAUGUUAAAUCAGGUGACAAACAAUUACAGUACCCUGCAGGUGCAUAUGAUGAAUAUGAUGCAGCAACAACAACAACAACAACAAAAUCAAGAAAAUGGUCAACAUGAUGGGAAAAGUACUGAAGAAGUGAUCAAACAGCAACACAACCACAAUAAUCAAAAUGGUCAUGGACAAAUGGUGCCUAGGCAAUUCAUGGAUCUUGGCCUAGCUGGUUCUGAGGCAGAAGAGGCUUCCCUGUCUUCGUCAGAGGGACGAAGUGGCAGGGAAAAAUCACGAUCGCCAACGAAUAAUAUGGAAUCAGGAAGAGAAGAUAGUCCUGAAAAAGGGUCACCUGGUUGGGGUCCUAAUAAAAUUCCAAGACUUGGUGGCAAUGGCUCUAAUAAACCUGCUGAUCAACAAGCUACUGAGGCUACCAUGAGAAAGGCUCGUGUAUCGGUCAGGGCCCGAUCAGAGGCUCCCAUGAUCACGGAUGGUUGCCAAUGGCGAAAGUAUGGGCAGAAAAUGGCGAAGGGAAACCCGUGUCCUCGGGCUUAUUACCGGUGCACUAUGGCAGCUGGUUGCCCAGUUCGGAAGCAAGUUCAAAGAUGUGCAGAGGACAGAACAAUCUUGAUCACAACCUAUGAAGGGACUCACAACCAUCCGUUGCCUCCGGCAGCAAUGGCAAUGGCCUCAACUACUUCCUCAGCAGCAAGAAUGUUGCUCUCGGGUUCUAUGCCGAGUGCAGAUGGGCUAAUGAAUUCCAAUUUCUUUGCGAGAACUCUCCUUCCUUGCUCUUCUAGCAUGGCCACAAUUUCAGCCUCGGCGCCUUUCCCUACUGUUACAUUGGACCUAACUCAAUCCCCAAACCCGUUGCAAUUCCCAAGACCCCCUAACCAAUUUCAAGUCCCAUUCUCAAAUUCACCCCACAAUAACAUCCUAGCAAAUCCAGCUGCACUUUUGCCUCAGAUUUUUGGCCAGGCUUUGUAUAACCAAUCAAAAUUCUCUGGCCUCCAAUUGUCACAAGAUUUGGAAGGACAACAUAAUUCAACGUUGCAAUCAUCGAUUAAUCCAUCAAACCACAAUCCUCUGGCUGACACGGUGAACGCCCUCACCAAUGAUCCUAAUUUCACAGCGGCAUUAGCAGCAGCCAUCACUUCCCUUAUUGGCAAUCCCGGGCAAUCGAACAAUGGUGUCAACAAUACUACAGCCACCACAACGACUGCCAACAACAAUAAUGGCAGUGUCACCAGCAAUGGCAAUAAUAACACAAGCAAUGGCAACAAUAAAGUGGCUAAUUCAAGUUUUCCAGCAAAUUGAUAGCUAGCCAAGCUUCUUGCUGCAUGUUUUUCCUUUUAAAAAAGAAUUUUUUUCUUAAAUUUAUUUUUUGCUUAAUUAGUAAUCAGGUAAACUAGAUUACUAUACAAGUUGAUAAGAUAUUUUUAUUUUUUAUAGGUGGCUUAAAACAUAUAUUUUCCAUUCUUUUUGUGGCUGAAUAAUGUAAUUCAAGAUUUCUUAUCAAUACAAGAAAAUAUGUUGCUAGGAAAAGAAAAGAAA